UCCAGAGGAAAGACGUGCCUAGUUCUUAAGAGCACAUGGUUACAAGGCAACGGCGUAGCCGUAGAGAAACACGAGCUUGUGAUUUAAGUGGGAUUGUUGCAAUGACAAGAGAGAGAGAAAAGCUGUUGUUGACGGAAGAGUGUUUUGGCUGAGUGUUUUGUUGUGACUGUUCUUGUGGCUCACGAUGGAAUUUCCUACAGCUUGUGGUAACCUCUAAUGUCUCUGCUUUCACAAGUUCACCCAAAGCAGUAGAGCCAACUGAGAACAAAAUAUGUCGACAGAGAUGCUAGAAACCUGCCGGCCGGAUGGAAAAGGAAGUUUCUUUAAGCAGCUUAUUGACACUAUUGCUUCAGAGAUCGGCGAACUGAAACAAGAGAUGGUGCAGCCAGAGUUUACACCUGAGCAUGGGACUGAUUUUACAGACAAACUAAGCCUUACCAAGGACAUGUACAGUGAAUGUCUUGACAAUCCAGAUUCACAGUUCUACACCCGCGAUUCUGGUUAUAUAAGCCUGUUGAAUAAGCUCAGUGUACUAGACAAAGUUCUUCAUACACAUCCAGUGUGGCUCCAGCUAGGGCUAAGUGAUGACGAGGCAGCUCAUGUUCUGCAGUCUCAGCACCCUGGGGCAUUUUUGGUGCGGAAGUCUGUCAAAAUCCAGAAGAAAGUGCUGUCUCUGCGUCUGUCAAAUGAUUAUAGUCCCGGUAUAAGGGAUUUUGGAAUCAAAGAAAGCCAAUACACUUUUUCUUUGGAGGGCUCUAGAAUAAGUUUUGCCGACUUAUUCCGGCUUAUCGCUUUUUAUUGCAUUAGCAGGGAUGUGUUGCCUUUCACUUUGAAAUUGCCAGCUGCAAUUUUAGAUGCAACAACUGAAGGAGAACUUGAGGAUAUUGCUGACCUUGGGAUUGAGUUUUGGAGCUCACCAACCAAUUAUAGAAGCAAAACUAAUCUGUAUUCUCUUGGAUGUGUCCCUUCUGACUCUGUGGGUAUGGUUUCAGGACAUCUGUCUGCCAUAAACGGAGUACAUUCUCUAAGAACUCGUACGCCUUCAGAACUGGAGUGUAGCCAGACCAAUGGGGCAUUGUGCUUUAUAAAUCCUCUCUUCCUAGAAGUGCAUAGUCAGGAUAUUAGUGGAAAUGUGAAAAAACAAGGUUCAAGAAAUGAAGAAAGCAGUAAUACUGGGAUACCUCGAUCACCCCCUCCUAGACCCCCACCACCUUCUUUAAACAGCGGCUUACAGCUUCAGGACAGCAAGAAAGAAGAAAGUAUACCAGAGAGAGGCAUCCUUCCUAAGCAGGGCAGUUUAAGCAUGCCUGUAAAGAAACCUGCCCCUAUACCUCCACCUCGUCGUCCCCGUGCAAAAACUGACAGCUGUAGAGAAGAAGUAAGUAACUUGAGAACUUCAGAAGAAGCCAGCUCUAAUUACACAUCCCUGCCAGUAACUGCUGAAAAUCAAGGCGUUGCUGCAAAAGAACAAACUUUAGUCAGCAAGGGUUUAACUACAAACUCUGUGUCAGUCAUGCAAGAAAAUGGAAGAGGAGAGAGAUUAAGCAACAUGAGCAUUUCAACUUCAUCUUCUGACUCUCUGGAUUUUGACCGUAGUGGAAGUUUAUUUAACCAUGAGGUGGACACAAACAGUAGCCAGGAAGAAAUUGAAGAAGAAAGUGACCAGGAGAGCAUGGCACCCCCCUUGAAAACAAAGAAAAGAAGUAGUUCUUUUGUCAUUCCCCAGAUUGUCAAAACCCAGUUUCGUAAAGUGAGUGUUGUCUUCAGUACCUUCAUGACGCCUGAGAAAAGGAUGGUAAAGAAGAUCACUGAACUGUCACGGGACAAGCGCACUUACUUUGGCUGCCUUGUGCAGGAUUAUAUAAGCUUUCUUCAAGAAAACAAGGAAUGCCAUGUAUCCAGCAAUGACAUGUUGCAGACAAUUAGGCAGUUUAUGACACAGGUGAAGAACUACUUGGCCCAGAGUUCAGAACUAGAUCCCCCAAUUGAGUCAUUAAUCCCAGAAGAUCAAAUAGAUGUGGUAUUGGAAAAGGCCAUGCAUAAGUGCAUUCUGAAGCCAUUGAAAAGUCACAUAGAUGCUAUUCUUAGAGAGUUCCACAAUACAGAUAACUCUGCGAAGCAGCUGAGGGAAAACCUGCAGCUGGCUAGGCAGAAGACCCCUCAGGAGCUGGGCGUCACUGCACCCCCACCGGAUGUUGUGACACUAGAAAAGAUCAAGCACAAGUUCUGCAUGAUGCAGAAGAUGUAUUCACCAGAGAAGAAAGUCCUGCUGUUACUGAGAAUAUGCAAAGUUAUCUACACAGUCAUGGAAAAUAACUCAGGGAGAAAAUGUGGAGCUGACGAUUUCCUGCCAAUGCUAACAUAUGUGAUGGCACAGUGUGAUAUGCCUGAAAUGAAUACUGAAAUUGAAUACAUGAUGGAACUGUUGGAUCCAUCUAUCCUCCAUGGAGAAGGAGGAUAUUACUUGACCAGUGCAUAUGGAGCAAUGUCUUUGAUUAAGAAUUUUCAAGAAGAACAAGCUGCCAGAUUAUUGAGCUCUGAAACAAGAGACACCCUCCGACAGUGGCACAAGAGGAGAACAACUAAUAGGUCAAUGCCUUCUGUUGACGAUUUUCAGAACUACCUGCGAGUGGCCUAUCAGGAAGUGAAUAGUGGCUGCACAGCAAAGACCUUAAUGGUAAAGCCAUAUACAACAACAGAAGACAUUUGCAACCUUUGUGCUGAAAAAUUUAAAGUGCCAGACCGUGGGAACUAUAGACUUUUCCUUCUCCUAGAAGACACCUGGCAGCAGCUUACUGAAGACACUCAUCCACAAAAGAUAAAGGCAGAGUUACACAGUCGGCCUCAGCCACAGACUUUCCAUUUUGUCUAUAGACGUAUGGAGAAUCAGAAUGGUGCUUACAAUCCUGAAGAAUGCAAUACAGUUUUGUAGAUGUAGACAUCAGUUGAUUGCUUCAUAAUGCAGGGUACUUGUCACCUGGACAAACUACCAUGUGGCCUAACUUUCCAGAUGCUCUUUGGACAUGUGCAACUGAGAUUCAUGAAAGAUUUUUAUACUCCAUGUUAUGUAGGCCUGCAUCUGGUUCUAGACCUAUCAACUUUAGGCUGUGGUGUAACAAAGAUGAAUGCUGUUAGUUCUUAAACACUGAAGUGCAGAAAAAAAAAGAAGCCUGUGUGCCUUUAUGCUGUAAUCUAUGCGUAGCACUUACGUUGAUUUAUGUGGCACACUGGUAGUGUAGACUCUUGGUCUCAUUUCUGGUCUGGACUUCGUUUGGUAGCCUGUAGACAGACUGUAUGUUGUAUAGUUGGUGUAGACAGCUUGCUGUCUGCUGCCAUGCGUUGAUACCUCGAUACAGUUUAGGAACCUGCAGUACACUUCCCAUUGGUACCAUUGUGCAGGGUAGUGUGCCUCUGAAGUAGGGGCUUCAAUAUCUGCCACACCGGGAGUGUGACAACUGCUUGAAAGCUGCAUUAGAUAGUAAGCCACUCCUACUUUUGACAACAUGGAAUGCAGUGCAUUCAUGACUUGUUUUUCGUUUGUAGGAGUGGGCUCUUCAGUUUAUAAAGCUGUUGAGGUGGCAUUUGACAUUUUUAUAGAAAAGCUUUUAAAUAUUGUAAACGUAUUAUUUUAUAACAGUUACUGGUUAACUGUUUGGGCUGGGUUUUUUAUAAAAUAUUUUUGAACUGUAAAGUAUUCUCUAAUUAUGCAUGUAAUUGUAACUUUUGUAUUUCUUAAUUAUCAUCAAAAUCUCUUGCUGGUUUUAGAGUAUUUGGAUAACAUUGAUAAAUAUCUGAUUUGAACUUUGAGAGUUUUCAUUUGCUUAUUAAUAUCUAAUGACAUUUACUAUGUGCAUUUCUUAAAUCACAGAAUGUUGACUCUGUUACCAGGUCAAAAAUUGUAAUGAUUUACGCACUUUUACCUGGUUAUGUGGCUUUUUAGUGUGUGUGGAUUUACAAAACCCAUGUCUCUGUAAUAGUUGUAAUGUAAUUAAAACCAAUGAAAGAUGCCUCUAAAAUGUGAGUUUAUAGCUGUGUGUGUGUGUGUGUGUGUGUGUGUGUGUGUGUGUGUGUGUGUGUGUGUGUGUGUGUGUGUGUGUGUGAAGGUGUAUGGAUAUAAAUGUGUUGUGUGUAUACACACACACACACACACACGCACACACACACACGCACACACACGCACACACACGCACGCACACUCAUGCAUACAUGCAGUCAUGUCUGAGCUCUCAGACAAACGCUCACGCAUGCAUGCACAUAUGCACAUGCUCCUACAUUUGUUGUAUGUGCUUUUAAUCCAGCAACACACAUUUGUCUGACAAGUGGCAGCAUUUGAGUGUAAUACCUUUUGGCUGCUGCUACCUUUACCCUCUGUGUCUUCAUCCACUCUCUGUUAAUGUAUAUAUUUUUAUAAAACAUUCAUUGGCUAGUUCAGUUUAUGGCAGUAAGGCAUGUGUAACUGAAGGACUAAGGAGUGAAUUGAUUAAAUGUGAAGCAGAGGGUAUUAAAGCCUGUCAUGGGUCAGUGAGCCUGCAGGUUCAGGCUUAUACUGGAAAGGGGCUUGUGAGGGGGAGGGGAGGAGGUUUGACAUACUAAAGAGAGGUUUGGCAUGUUGCAGAUUGGUAUGUGUGACAUAUAAUAGGCUUGACAGAGUCUGUGUAGAAAAUGUCUCAUACUCUGCCUAAUGACAGAAGAUUAAAUUAACUUGAUAACACUAAAGCUGCUUUCAAAGAGUCCAAAAUAUUGUGAUACAGAAGUAAAAUUUUGCCAGAACAAGUGAGCAUAUUUCAUAUUGUAUUAAGAUAGUAACUAACUGUAAAAUUAAUGUAUUGUUAAUACUUGAAAUUAAAAAUGAUUUCUGAAAAAUCCUUGAAUAAACAAGAACCUAUGUAUUUUUGUGUAAUCCUUUCAGUUUUGUAAGGACCGUAGUAAGUACUGGUCUUUUAGAAGACAUGGCACAAGAAUUGGAUGCUGGUAAUUUGAUCUUGUAUUGAUUGUAAAAGGCUGGUGUUUUACUUAGUAGAAGAAAAUGUACAUCCUUAGGUGCCUGUUUUAAGAAUCAUUGGUUGUGUAGUUGAAAACCCUCAGCACAGUUGUGAAAAUUGUGCAUUAUUUUGUAAAUCGUAUUGAAUUUGCACACAAUAAACUGUACUAUUGUA